CAGAGGAGACACAACACAUUCUCAAGGUCCUGCGCUCCCGUGAGACUCCUUUUGUGAAGAAACGACAAGUGAUGAACCAUGUGUUUGGGGAUUAUUGUCUCAAGAUGGCAGGGGAUCAGAAGAGCAUGGAGAAAGCAGAUGUGAAACCUGGUGAUGUGGAAGUACGGCAAAGCAACGGGCAGGCUUCAGAUGGUGUGGUAUGUGGGAAACAAUGUGACCAAAUCUCUGAGGCAAAGCCAGAGUCGUUCACGUCAUCUGACAGCAGCUUCCGAUUUGAUUUUACACUUUCUGAGUUUGACCCAGAAGCAGCUGGCACACCUUUGGAAGCAGUCCGUGGUGACAGUGGUGCUGAGCAGAUACAAACCAACCAGUCAGACGACCAACUGUGGAAAGAGGUGGACUGGUGUGUGGAACAGCUGGAACUUGGCCUGAAGACACAGAAAUCCACUCCAAAGCAGGUCGAGGAGGCUCUCCGUGCGAUCAAGACGCUACGCAGUGACAAGGCUCCGCUGGUGAAGAAGCGUCAGAUCAUGAGAACCAUGUUUGGAGACUACAGGAAGAAGAUGGAGGAGGAGCGGUGCAAAGAGCUGAAGCUCAUGGAAAUAGCUGCAAAAUCUGCCAGAGUCGUGGAAGUGAAGGGAAACAUCCGCAACAAGAAUUGCCAGUUGAUCCGGAAGCGCUCAGGAGCUU